ACUCUCUCUCUCUCUCUCUCUCUCUCUCCAUUCAAAUAGCAAUCGGUGGAUUACUGCUAUUAUUUUUCUUUCCGAAUAUUAUUCCGAUUAUUAUUUUCGUCUCACUCCUGGAAUAUUUUAGAUUUUUUUCCCUGUUAUGGCCAAGGUAAUAAAUCGGGUAUUUUGUCAGAUGUGAAUGUACUGAUACAAUCCUCCUCCUGUCAAUGCAAUAGGUAUGUUUACAUCGUUUAUUUUUUAUCGUCGAUUUUAUUUUCUAUCAUCGUUAUGUUUUAAUCGUCCUUUGUUUGAUGACGCAGUAAGAAUUUAUGCAUGUGGCUCUGAAUCUAUUGCCUUGAAAUGCCAGACACAUGGGUAUUUGACAUCGAAUAGAGUCGAGCAGGUGCCAUUUCAAUUGCGAUGCCUUUUAAUUUAAGAAAUAACAUAAAUAUUUAUUUGUUUUAAAUUAUCCGAGGCCAACUUGCCUUCUCCACAUAUCGCAACGGCAGGACUUUUUUUUUUUUUAUUUUUUUUUUUGAUGGUUCAUCCCACUUUAAACUUUUGACAGUUAAUACCUGGACAAAAGACCAUCAUUAACAAAUCCCAAGACAAAAUCAUGAUGAAGAAUAAGAGUAGAAAGCAGGAAGAUGAAGGCUCGACUCAAAGCAAUGCUUCCAGCAAUUCAGCAUCAGAGGAAUCUAACCGCUCUGGAUUGGAGUCUGGGAGUCCGUCUGAGAGCGAGCAAGGAAGUGAUAGAGCUCGUUCCCGGCGUUCUGAAUCCAACAGCACAUCUGAUUCUGAGAGCCACUCGGAGUCGGGCAGUGAAUCCACUGGGUCCAAAUCCCGUCAGACCUCAGCGCAGGUCAAAGACAAACCAGUCAGGAAGAAAGACAGCCUGGCAGAUGUGAAGAAGAUGUGGGAGGAACAUCCAGAUAUUUAUGGUGUUAGAAGAUCCAGUCGCAGCAGACAAGAGCCUGCUCGCCUCAACAUUGGAGCUGAGGGCAGCAGUGAUUCAGAGAGUGAAACUCCCAAAAGAAAAAGCUCACGGCAGAAAAAGAAAGAAAAUACCUGGAAAGAUGAUGACUCAAAUGACGAAGAGGGUGUUGAGGAAGAGGCCAGCAGUUCAGAGAGUGAGCAGGAAGAGAAAAAAGUUAGAUCCAGACGACUUCCUGCUAGAAGGCCACAGACCAAAUCAUCUGGUAAGCAGCAGUCACAAAAGGGACGGAAACAGAGGAAGGAGUCAUCAGAUGAGGAUGAUGACGAUGAUGAGGAGGAGGAUAACCCAAAAAGACAAACAAGGCGGCGAGCAGCAACUAAAGUCAGUUACAAGGAGGACCAGAAUGAUUUCGAGACGGACUCUGAUGACCUUAUUGAAAUGGCAGAAGGAGCCGAGGAGCAACAGGACGAUGACAGUGAAACCAUUGAGAAGGUCCUUGAGACCAAAAUUGGCAAAAAAGGAGCUACUGGAGCUUCCACAACUCUCUAUGCUAUUGAGGAAAAUGGGGACCCUGGAGCAGACUUUGACCCUGAGAAAGAUGAAGGGGAGACUCAGUUCCUCAUCAAGUGGAAAGGCUGGUCCUACAUACACAGCACCUGGGAGAGUGUAGAUUCCCUCACUCAGCAGAAAGUCAAAGGGAUAAAAAAGCUGGAAAACUUCAAGAAGAAAAACGAAGAGCUUAACGCUUGGUUGAAGAAAGCAUCACCUGAAGAUUUAGAAUAUUACAACUGCCAGCAAGAACUAACCAAUGACCUGAGCAAGCAAUUCCAGAUAGUAGAGAGAGUGAUCGCAACAAGAACUGGGAAAUCACAACCACCUUUAGACAUUCCCUCUCAUAAAACCAGUUCCAGCGAGCCAGAGUAUAUGUGUAAGUGGAUGGGGCUGCCGUAUGCAGAGUGCACAUGGGAGGAUGGCGCGUUAAUCGGAAAGAAAUUUCAGGCCUGCGUUGAUAGUUUCCAAAACCGAAGUGCCUAUAAGACAGUUCCUUCCAAAGAUUGCAAGGUAUUGAAACAGAGGCCAAGAUUUGUGGCCUUGAAGAAGCAGCCUUCUUACAUUGGAGAUGAGGUCCUUCAACUCAGAGAUUACCAGUUAGAUGGAGUGAACUGGCUCGCUCACUCCUGGUGCAGGUGUAACAGUGUUAUCUUGGCUGAUGAAAUGGGCCUGGGGAAGACCAUUCAGACGAUCUCCUUCCUUUCCUACCUUUUCCAUCAGCACCAGCUUUAUGGUCCCUUCCUCCUGGUGGUACCCCUGUCAACCCUCACUUCCUGGCAGAGGGAGUUUGAUACAUGGGCCCCGGACAUGAAUGUAGUGGUGUACCUGGGAGACGUCACAAGUAGAAAGACAAUCCGGGACUAUGAAUGGAUCCACCAGCAGACAAAAAGGAUCAAGUUUAAUGCACUUUUGACCACAUAUGAAAUUCUACUGAAGGACAAGGGAGUGCUGGGGAAUAUAAACUGGGCUUUCCUCGGAGUUGAUGAAGCUCACCGGCUAAAGAAUGACGACUCGCUGCUAUAUAAAACUCUGAUCGACUUUCGAUCCAAUCACAGGCUGCUCAUUACUGGGACCCCACUGCAGAAUUCGCUCAAAGAGCUGUGGUCCCUUCUGCACUUUCUUAUGCCUGACAAGUUUGAGUCCUGGGAGGAUUUUGAGGAUGAGCAUGGUAAAGGCAGGGAUAAUGGUUAUCAGAGCCUCCACAAAGUUCUGGAGCCAUUCCUACUGCGUCGUGUCAAGAAAGAUGUAGAGAAAUCCCUGCCGGCUAAAGUGGAGCAAAUCCUCAGAGUUGACAUGUCUGCCCAGCAAAAACAGUUCUACAAAUGGAUCCUAACAAGAAACUACAAAGCCUUGUCUAAAGGCACCAGAGGCAGCUCUUCUGGCUUUUUGAACGUUGUCAUGGAGCUGAAGAAAUGUUGUAACCAUGGUUUUCUCAUCAAACAACCAGAGGAGGUUGAGAAUGAGACAAAACAAGAGCACCUACAGAGCUUGGUGCGAGGCAGCGGGAAACUGGUUCUGCUGCACAAGCUUCUCACGCGUCUCAGGGAGAGAGGCAACCGUGUCCUCAUCUUCUCUCAGAUGGUCCGAAUGUUGGACAUCCUUGCUGAAUACCUGUCUUUGAAUCGAUAUCCAUUUCAGCGUUUGGACGGCUCCAUCAAGGGAGAGCUCAGAAAACAAGCACUGGACCACUUUAAUGCAGAAGGCUCUGAGGACUUCUGUUUCCUGCUGUCCACCCGAGCUGGAGGGCUUGGGAUUAACCUGGCCUCUGCCGACACAGUGGUUAUCUUUGACUCUGACUGGAAUCCACAAAAUGAUCUUCAAGCCCAGGCCAGAGCCCACAGGAUUGGCCAGAAAAAGCAAGUGAAUAUCUAUCGUCUGGUCACAAAAGGCACAGUGGAGGAAGACAUUAUUGAAAGAGCCAAAAAGAAGAUGGUACUAGACCAUCUUGUGAUUCAGAGGAUGGACACCACUGGGCGAACCGUACUGGAUAACAGCUCCGCAAAUUCAAAUUCAAACCCCUUCAGUAAAGAAGAAUUGACAGCAAUCUUGAAGUUUGGAGCAGAGGAUCUUUUUAAGGAACCUGAGGGGGAGGAAUCAGAACCACAGGAAAUGGACAUUGAUGAGAUCUUGCGGCUUGCUGAAACCAGAGAGAGCGAUCAAGGAUCUAGUGCUACAGACGAGCUUCUGUCUCAGUUUAAGGUUGCUAACUUCACCAUGGAUGAAAGCACACCAAAUCUUGAGGAGAAGCCUAUACGCGACUGGGAUGACAUAAUUCCAGAGGAGCAGCGGCGGAAGGUGGAGGAAGAGCAGAAGCAGAAGGAGAUGGAAGACAUCUACAUGCUGCCCAGAAGCAGAUCUAAAAAGAGGGUAAGGAGAUUUCAGCUGACCUGUCGGGUGAAGACUCCACACUUUGACGUAGACUGGGAUAUUCAUGAUGACACACAGCUGUUACUGGGUAUCUAUGAACAUGGCUACGGCAACUGGGACCUGAUCAAGACCGAUCCUGAUCUCAAACUUUCUGAGAAGAUUCUCCUAGAUGACCCUGAAAAGAAACCUCAGGCAAAGCAGUUACAGAUGCGAGCAGACUACUUGCUUAAGAUGCUGAAGAAGGAGCAAGAAAGCCAAGAUUCUGCUAAAACGGGAGAUGAGACCAAACCCAGAAAGAGGAAACCUCGAAUGAAGAACAAGACCCCUAACAAUGAUCUGGUCAAUGAAAUCACCUCUCCUCGUCUCUCCGACAACCUGUCAGAAGAGGGAGAGGUGAAGGACGAUGGAGCUGAAAAAUCACCCACAAAGAAGAAACAGAAAAAGGAUAACAAAGAGAACAAAGAAAAAACAGGAACUCCUAAAAAAGAGAAGGAGGGGGACAAAGACAAAAAGCGUUCCAAGUCCAAAAAAGAGAAGGCCAAACCAGGAGGAAAAGGGAAGAAAGCUCAAGGCCCUGUGCACAUCACUGCAGGAAGUGAGCCUGUACCAAUUGGAGAGGAAGAUGAUGAGCUGGACCAGGAAACAUUCAGCAUCUGUAAGGAGCGGAUGAGGCCAGUGAAGAAGGCUCUGAAGCAGUUGGAUAAGCCAGAUGAGGGGCUGUCAGUGCAGGAGCAGCUGCAGCACACUCGUACCUGCCUGCUAAAGAUUGGAGACCGCAUCACAGAGUGCCUUAAAUCGUACAGUGACCCAGAGCAUGUCAAGACCUGGCGCAGAAACCUCUGGAUUUUUGUUUCUAAAUUUACUGAGUUUGGUGCCCGGAAACUGCACAAGCUGUAUAAGAUGGCUCAAAAGAAGCGCUCCCAGGAAGAAGAGAAAGAGCAAAAGAAGAAAGAUGAUCAUGCCAAGAAAAAACCCUUCAGACCAGAACCGUCUGGAUCUAGUCGGGACUCUACAGGUACCCAUCCUGCAGUCAACCAUCUGCCUGGACCUCCCACUCACGCCCACCACAGAGAGUACAACCACCCCAAUAAAAGGCACUUUCCUAAUGACGAUAGGGGAGACUGGCAAAGGGACCGUAAGUACAGCUACCCAGGUAACAGCAAUCAGCCCUGGCAAGAGGAUCGGUAUCACCCGUAUGACUCUCACAGAUACAAGGACCAUCAUUACGGAGACCGCCGUCCUCAUGGUGACUACCGCAGCUCAGGAGGUUACCGUAACAGCGGCUCCCCUCGCAAACGACCCUAUGAUUAUGGUAAUGAUAGAGAUCAUCGUGGCCAUCGAGACUAUUAUGACAGACAUCCAGACCCUAAGAGAAGGCGUUCCGAUGAAUACCGCUCCCCGAACUAUCACCCCGGUGGAGGAGGGCAUCCACAGGACUUCAGAAGGAUGCCGGACCACAGGGGACCCCCUGGAAACCAUGGUCCCAUGGGGCCCGAUCACUACCGCCCCUUCCACCCUGACAAACCCCCACCCCUGAUUGACCCCCGUUCCCCUCAGUCUCAGAAAUCCCCCCUUGAGCCCAUCUCACCUGCUAUGGAAAGAACUGCAGAGCAGAAACCUGUGACAGACUUUAAUUGGAACAACAGGAAGACGUGAGGUGAACACUUGGAUUCACAACCAGGUUAAGUCUGCCAUUUUGGACUGAGGAGACAGAACAAAGCAUGGUUAGUCCUAUGGACUAGGAUUGAACUUGAUAAAGUGUUCAAGUAUGCUUAAGUUAGAAAGUGCCUCAUGUAUUUAGUUUUUGUUGAGAGUAAUUAGCAGAAAGGGACUGUCCCCAAAGCAAACUUUUCUUUGAUAUUCAUGCAUUUUUGUUUCGUGUUAUUUUGGUUUGUGCAAAAAAGGAUUAUUUCAUGAAAGUAGCCUUUGUGGGAGGAGAAAAAAGGAAUCCUUUUAAUUGCACCUUCAGAUGUUGAUUCAUAUUUUUGUUGAGCUAUUCGAAACUGUCACUUUUGCUUUCUGAAAUGCCCAGACCCCUGUGAUCGUACGUCAUUUUGAGGAAAGAAAAUCAAGUAAUUACAUGUACAUUUUUGUCUUUUGUCUUAUGUGAUGAGCAACAACCGCAAAAUUACUGGAAUUCUUUUUCUCGAAUCAUCGAAUCUGCGUCUUCGCUAUAAUGCA